AGAGCACCUAAAAGGAAUCAGCUGUUCCUGGUCCCUGCUCUAAAAAAAUUAUACACCUGCGCGUUGUAAUCUCGCGUAUUCGUUGAUUAGCUACAGAGGCAUUAUUACAUUAUUAUAAUAUCACAUUGGGUGAUUCUUUGACUGGAAUCGUAUAAUUAAAUUGCGUAAUUAAAUUACAGAGAUCGCUCCGCGAUAAGUUGUAUGAAGGUGGAUCUGAUGACAGAUCUGACAGAUGGAGUCUUUGACGUCCGUCCUCUGACCUCGCGAGUAAGACAGCUGAUCGGCAUGCUUUCGAAUUGGCAAAGUUUGAUUUUCCUCCUCCUGGUUUCUUCGGCGACGUUAUCUGUCGCCCAGGAUAUUCUAGGAUGCGGUGGUUUUCUGAAGAGUCACGCCGUUGACUUCACGAAGGUGCACGUGAGACUGUACACGAAGACGGGAAGUCUGAAGGAUCAGACCGAAUGCGCGCCUAAUACUGGGUAUUAUUUUCUACCGUACGAUAAGGGUGAAUACACGUUGAGGGUAGAUCCUCCUAGAGGCUGGAGUUUUGAGCCUACGGAAGUAACGUUGAAUGUAGAUGGUGUUUCAGAUGACUGCAGUCAAGGAAAAGAUAUUAAUUUUGUAUUUAAAGGAUUUGGUAUUACAGGACGUGUAAUUAGUUUAGGUACUAACUCUGGUCCUAAGGGUGUUACCAUCUCCUUAUAUGCAGACAGCGAUAAACAUGUUCCUAUUAGAUCAACAGUAACAGCAGAAGGUGGCAUAUUUUACUUUACUCCCAUUCAACCUGGAAAGUACACACUUGUUGCAUCUCAUCCUACCUGGAUAAUAAAGAAGAGUAAAGUUGAAGUAAUUGUACAAGAGGGAAACACAGAACUCGCGGAUGGUAGCCUAGUGGUAUCUGGAUAUGAUGUGAGCGGCAAAGUCAGCAGUGAAAAUGACCCAGUCGCUGGUGUAUCCUUCAUUCUUUUUGGUAAUGGUGUCGCGGAGAAGUGUGAGACUACUCCAAUAGCUCGAGAUUUCAAAUCCGAGAAGUUUCUUUGUCACAUGACCUCGGACAACAGCGGUAGAUUUAUAUUUCCUAGUUUGUCACCUGGCGAUUAUAAGCUUGUACCGCACUAUGCUGGCGCCCAAACAAAAUUCGACGUUCAACCGCCGGAAUUGUCUUUCAAAGUUGGCCACAACAGCAUGAUUCUUGCCCAUUUUAAGGUAACCGGCUUCACGGUCGGCGGCCUUGUUCGUAGCUCCACGAAUGGCGAUCCUCUGCCCGGGGCGAAAAUAUUCUUGUCGCAAAAAAUCGCAGUGACCGAUAAAAAUGGAAAAUAUGUGUUGGAUAAUAUGAAAGCUGGCCAGUAUACGCUCAGAGCCGAGUCUGCAAAUGUACAGUUUAGCGAGAAGACAGUUAAAAUCUCGCCAACCUCCCCCGAACUUCCGGUGCUGGUACCGGCGUACAAAGUUUCGGGAAAAGUAACCCUCUCUGCGAAGGCUUUACACUUUCGCAAACUAUCCGUUCAGAACACAGCCGCUACGUUUUACAAAGAACUCAACACUGACGAGAGAACGGGAGAGUACUCUGUGUAUCUUGCACCGGAUAAAUAUCAACUCAGCGUAAUUGUGAGCACGGAAGAGAAAACUAAGGGCUUGCAAUUUUAUCCACUACAACAAACGAUUGAUGUAACAUCCCAACCAAUUAUCGAUGUUAAUUUUUUGCAAUUGAAAGCCACAUUAACAGGGACGGUAAAUUGUUUGCCACGGACAGAUUGCAGUCAAGCUUCUGUCACAUUAAAAAUACUCGAUGGAGUUACAAUAAAAACGGUGCAAGCUAAAGAUGGUCAGUAUCAAUUCACGGACGUGUUACCCGGCCACUAUGAAAUCUUGAUCGACAACGACGUGUUUUGCUGGGAAAAUCCUAGUUACAGAAUCUCGAUAACAUCGGAACGGGCGGAAGUGCCGCCGUUCAAACAAACCGGCUUCUCCAUCACUUUCAUAUCUUCUCACGACACCGCCGUCGAAUACUCCGAGCCAAAUAACACGAAACUGAUCACUCUACCCUUGAGCAAAGGCAGUACGAGGCAUUGUGUGCCUAAAUCUGGAGCGUACACUUUCGUCCCAAAAGGUUGCCAUGUAUACAAGCAGUCUUCCUACGUUUGGGACACGAGCAAUCCCUCUCCAAUUUUACUGAAUUCCGCCGAACAUACUCACAGAGGCAAUAUUAUAUGCACAAGCGCGCAAAAUAAUCUCAAAGUAAAAAUCGAAGACGCAAGCGACAGCAUCACGAUCGAUCCACUGAAACCAAUAAAAAAAGACAAUGUGUACAAAUACGAAUUUGAAUUUAAGGCGAAAACAGAUAAUACGUACACUAUCACUCCACUAUCUAACAUUUUGUUAUUUAAUCCGCCGUCCUUGAAAGUCUUUGGCGUGGAUGAUUGUCAUAAUGACAUUGCAAGUUUUGUCGGUGAUUUAGGAAAGAUUAUAGCCGGAAAAAUAUCUCCACCGUUGGAAGGUGUAACAAUUCAAAUAUUUGGAAAAGAUAAGGAGUCUCCGAUUCACACAUUAGUUACACAGAAGGAUGGUACUUACAGCAUUGGCCCUUUGGAUGGAAAAAUUGAAUAUAGUGUUACAGCUGAAAAAGAAGGUUUUGUGAUCACUGGACCUGAUGCUAAAGGAGUAUUUUUAGCACAUAAAUUAGCUGAGAUUAUCGUGCAAGUUUCUGACCACGCUGACAACUCUUCAUUGCAGGGUGUGCUCCUUUCUUUGUCUGGCGGUCAAAGUUAUCGCAAGAACAGUAUAACCAAUGAGGAUGAAUUCAUAUUUAAUUCACUAUCUCCGGGCGAGUAUUAUCUUCGGCCUAUGAUGAAAGAAUAUCGUUUCGAUCCGCCAUCAAAGAUGAUCAACGUCGUGGAGGGAGCAACUGUUAAAGUCAACCUCUUCGGUAAUCGAGUCGCGUAUAGCGCUUACGGCUCCGUAACGUCCUUGAAUGGGGAGCCGGAAGUUGGUCUCUUAGUCGAGGUUCAAGGUCAAGGAAACUGUUCCAAUCUCCAAGAGGAGGCUACGACCGAGGAGAACGGCAACUUCAGAAUCCGCGGUCUCCAGCCCACGUGCUCCUAUGCCUUCCAUCUGAAGCUGAACGUAGAAAGUAACUCCCAUAUACAGCGCACGAGUCCCACUUCUCAGCUGGUGCAGCCAAUGGAGGAGGACAUUCAUGGCCUACGAUUGAUCGCCUUUCAUCCGAUCUCGCGUACGGACGUUUCGGUACACGUCAUAUCCGCCCAGCCGGAACACUACCGCACGAUUAAGGUAAAGCUGUGUCGGGAGGACACUCCGGACUCGCCGGUACAUAUCUCGAAACUGGAUGUGCAACAAUCCACCAGUAAGAAUACCAAUAAUUAUAACGCUGGUUUCCUGGUGCACUUCCCGCCAUUGCAAGCUGACGGCAGAAAAUACUUUGUGCAACUGGAAUCCUCGCUGUCGCAAGCCGUGCACAAGUAUCGAACCAUUCCGGUCUACUUUGAGGCGAACUCGUCGUUUAAAUACGUCAAGCUGACGUUCAACGCAGAGCGGAAGAUCGAUCAGAGCGAAAUGAAUCAGACGUCGGUGGUUGCACUGCCAUUUAUUAUGAUGGUUGGAUUAGCGUUUGUCAAUCACGAGAAACUGUGGACUUGGUUGAACGCGCUGCUCGAGAGACGGUCCAAACCUGCGCCGAGUUCUAGAACACCCGUUCAAGCUAUUCCCAUCGAUCCCAGAGCGGACGAUAUCAUAGUUGAGCAAAUAAUGAAUAUUAACAAGAGGAAGACGAAACCGCGAAAGACAUAAGUCGCGUUGGCUUUGUCAUCAGCUCAAUCAUCUUUUGUUUAUUGUGUAUUUUUUUGAUGAGCUCAAAAAAAGGGAAAUAUCGAAGGUGUUAAAGAUCCUCUAUCUCAUUCAUGUUUUUUACACUUGUUCUGACUAUGAGAAGUUUGUCACUUGUCAAUAUUUGUCACGACGAUUGUAUGUGUGUGUGUGUGCGCGCGCGCAUUAUGGGAAAAAAAAAUCAUUUCAAUAUUUGAUGUAUUUAGAACUACUAGUAUUUAUAUACGUAGAUAGAUUAAAACGACGAUGUUACAUAAUAAAAAAUAAUACUUUAAUGUAAUGACACAUUAAAAUGCAAGCAUUAUUCACGAAAAUAAUCACAUUGUCAGAGAUACGUAAAAAUCGUUAACAUCGUUAAGUGAUACAUGUAUAUACAAAGAUUGCUAUUAUAUAUAUCUAUGAAAUUGUUAUUAAACGUUCCUACUUUAAUUCUUACUUUAA